GCUAUUGAUAUGAUUGUGGUGGAACAGCCAGAUGGUUCAUACAGGUCAACUCCAUGUCACGUCAGAUUCGGUAAAUACGGUGUCUUUAACAGUAAUGAGAAGUACGUAGAUAUAACAAUUAAUGGUGAAGAAAUUGAUUUGAAAAUGAAACUUGGUGAAAACGGGGUAGCGUUUUUUGUUGAAAAGGCGGAGGAUGAUGACGUUCCAGAGUAUUUAGCAACAAGUCCUAUUCCAGGUAGCAGGUCUGAAGAAGACGUUGAUGAACUUCUGAAUGCCAGUGUCAAAGAACUUUGUAACCAACAACGUGGACGUGCGGAACAGAAGCGUGUCCUAUCGGAGUGUUCUAGUGUUUCAAGAUCUCCUUCCCCUCCUUCACAGGAUCUGGACGGCAAUGGAAGGGUGUCAUCGGAGACAAAAGAUUGUCGGACGCAACAGAAAAAGCUGCUUUUUACUCCUUUGCAGUUUAGCAAUAGAAAUAAUAGAUCACUUCCUAAUCUUUCUGAAUUACACCAUGACAAUGAUCCCGUUGCGAAAUAUGCGAGUGGAAGCAAUGAGCCCGUUAAGGACAAAACCGAUACCUCUGUCAAGAAAGUGAAGCACGUGGCCAAAAAAAGCCAAAGUAGAAGUUCGAGUCCAUCUUCAAGAAAAUUAAGGCUUGAAGGAUAUAGCAGUGUAAUGUUAAGCGGAAUUUGGAAAGACUCUUUAGAUGGGGGAAAAAAUUCAGAUUUUUUGAAGGAGAGUGAAAAUGAGGAUAAUGCGUCAUCGCGGUCUUCAUUGGCAAGUAGUGGUUUGUCUAGCGUUGGUGAAGCAACUGGUCAAGCCUCUUCGGAGGGAGCUGCUAUCGCAGAUGGUGCUUUUUCUGAUUCAGAAAUUGACAGGCAGCGUAAUGCUCUUCAACCGCAUGGAAGCGAAGUUACUGAAUGGAAGUGGGGUGAGCUGCCUAAAACCCGCGAGCAAACUGAAUUAGCAAAGAAAGAUGCUGAAAAGAAAGCAGAAGCGGAAGCAGCGGCUAAGGAAUCGAAAUACUCAUGGAGCGGCUGGUUCCGUUGGUCGAAACCUAAACCGAGUGAAGAUCAAGGUAUCUACCUCGACGACCUUGUAGAAAGUUCUGCUCGUGAUCCGGGGAAAAUUGAGAUGUAUUUAGGAACCCCAAUUUCUUCAUGCCCUUCGCCACCCUCUGAUAGUGGUAAUGUGUCUGCUAGUUCCCCUUCGUUCGGUACAUUUAUUGAAAAUGAAUUGGUUGAUCAUGAACUCGUUUCUGGUUACAGGGAUUCCUAUCUUACAGACAAACGUGUUUCAACUCCUACUGGUUCUAGUAAUGGCCACGAUGAGGGAAAACAGUGGGAAAAUGUUUCUGGCCGCAAGGAAGAGGAAUUAUCAGUCGACACUCCUUCUACUGAAACGGCGUCAGAUUUCACUCCAAAAUCAACAGAAGGAGGUAUUAGGAGCAAAUCUCCUCUACCUGAAGUUUUGUUCAGCCAAAUGAGUGACGAUGAAGCGGAUACGAUUGUUGUGAAUGAGCCUGAAGUAGAGAAGAAAAAGCCAGUUUAUAUUCGAUCUUUACGUUUAUCUAGUGAAAAACUAAAAAAACUGGGGUUGCGCAGAGGUGCAAAUGAGGCUCGGUUCUCAAUAACUACCAAAUUUCAGGGAACUUGUUUAUGUAGUUGCCAUAUAUAUUUAUAUCGGUGGUAUGACCAACUUGUCGUUUCGGAUAUUGAUGGGACCAUAACAAAAAGCGACGUUCUUGGUCAUGUAAUUCCUGCGAUUGGAGGACAGUGGGCGCAUGCGGGUGUAGCUGAACUGUAUACUAGAAUUAAAGAGAACGGGUACAAAAUGGUUUAUUUGUCUUCUCGAGCAGUUGGUCAGAGCUACUAUACUAAGAAAUAUUUGCAAAGCAUUGAACAAGAUUCUCAGGUUCUUCCAGAUGGCCCCUUGCUUCUGUCACCAACUUCAGUUUUAAUUGCGUUUAGAAGGGAAGUUAUUGAUCGGAAGCCAGAAGAGUUUAAGAUUGCUGCUCUGUCGGACUUGAAGGAAUGUUUUCCCGCCAAAAAGCCUUUUUUUGCUGGGUUUGGUAACAGAGAUACCGAUGUUGUCUCUUACCGAGCAGUUGGUGUCCCUCCAGAGAGAAUUAUGAUUAUCGAUAAAACUGGUAGGGUCCAUCGAGCUGAUGAAAUUGGGUAUGAGUCGUCAUACAUGUCAAUCGCAAUGGAUACAGUAGACUACAUUUUUCCUCCUUUGCAAAGGCGUCGAAAGACAGGGAUUUCUGCAAUUGAUUCUGUAUCUUCAGCGGCUCCUCGCGUAAAGAAUUCAUUUCCUAAGCCCCAAACUUGCAGGUCCUUCUUUUUUUCUCUUAUAAAAGUUUUAAAUUUUAUUAUUAUUACUUUGUCUCCUUUUUUAGUUCGUUCACGUUCUGGCGAGCGGAUCCUACUGCAGGUGUCGAAACUGUUGACUUUGACAGUUAUGAAAAGGAACGUAUAA